AUGGGUAAAAUUAAUCUUCAUGCCAAUCGAUUUUCUCAGCCAGCACGCUCUGUCGAACUAUUUCUAAAGGUUAAUAAUAUUCCGUAUGAGUUUCAUCCAAUUGAUGUUCCUAAAGGUGAUAAUCGCACUGAAUCGUUCCUAAAAAUUAACCCAACAGGAACUGUACCAGCUUUAGUGGACGAUGAAUUCUCUUUAUUUGAAAGCGUAGCCAUGAUUCAAUAUUUGGCUAAAAAAUAUUCGACUCCUGAUCAUUGGUACCCAAAGGAGAUCCGUGCCAGAGCUCGAAUUAAUGAGUAUCUCGCUUGGCAUCAUUUUAACACUAGGACAAACGGAGCUACUGGAUAUUUCAUUGCUUUGUUUAUAAAACCACGUUAUCUUAAAAUCGAAGUAAGUGAUGAAGAAGUACAAGAGGCUAAGGAAAAGUUUGAAAAGAUGUUGGAUGCAUUUGAGAGUUACUACCUGAAGGGUACAGAAUUUAUCAGUUCAAAUACAAUGUCGAUUGCCGAUAUUAUGGCACUUAAUGAACUUACUCAGCUAGUUGCAAUUGGAAUCGAACCUGGUAAAGAUAGGCCAAAAAUUGCCGAUUGGUAUGAAAGAUGCAAGCAGGCUUUGCAACCCCAUUUCGAUGAUGUGCACACUGACAUAUUCAGCUUAAGAAAAUAA